AUGGAAUUUCACGUGAUGCUGAUUGUGAUUGGCUGCUUUCUGCAAGGAAGUCAGGGACUUAAGAUUGCGGCAUUUAAUAUCCAGAGAUUUGGUCAGUCAAAACUUGAUGAUCCCGUAACUCAUGACAUUCUUAUCCAGAUUUUACAAAGGUAUGAUCUCAUCACCAUUGAAGAAGUCAUGCAUUCUGAUAACAACGCAAUUACAAAUCUAGUGGAAGACCUGAAUCGUGCAACCCACCUAAGCUACAACUUCAUCAUCUCUGACUACCUUGGACGCAGUUCUUAUAAGGAAAAAUAUGCAUUUGUAUACAAAGAAAAAAUUCUCAAGCCUAUGGGAUGGUACCACUUCGAUGAUGGGUGUGAAAAAUGUGGGACUGACACGUUCAUGCGUGAACCUUUUAUAGUGCACUUUCACUCUCUCACCACAAUUGUGAAGGACUUUGUUCUGGCAGCCAUCCACACCAGUCCGAGUUAUGCUGUCAGAGAGGUUGAUGCCCUAUAUGACGUUUGGGCUGAUGCAAGAAAACACUUCAAUACAGAGAACAUUCUGAUACUUGGAGAUUACAAUGCAGCUUGUAGCUAUGUAAAGGAGGAGGACUGGUCCAAAAUACGAUUGCGUAAAUAUGAGAAAUUCCGUUGGUUGAUUGGUGAUAAUGUAGAUACAACUGUUAGUAGAAACACACACUGUGCCUAUGACAGGUUUGUUGUAACCACAGAUGGACUGCUUGACACCAUAGUUCCUGGCUCAGUGAAGGUCUUCAAUUUCCAGGAAGCCUAUCACCUCGAAUAUCAAACGGUCAGAGAUGUCUCAGAUCAUUAUCCCAUUGAACUUGAACUGGAAGAUGAUCCAAAGAAGCCCACUUUUUACUACAAGAGUGGGGAGACAAUCGGCAUCAGCGGCGGAAAGUCUGGCGGUCCUUGUAGCUGUGCAGGGGUCAAUUUCAAUUCUUGCGCUGGCCGAUGUGGUGCCUAUUCAAAAAGUUUUCCUUGCAGCUGUACAUCAAGCUGCUCCAAACACAACGACUGCUGUGCUGACUACAACAAGUAUUGUUAA